AUGGCAAGGACGAAGUUCUUCGACGGCGACAUCUUGAGGGACCCGAGCUUUGUCCUCAAAAGAUUAUUGCAAAGAGAUCAGCUCUCUUCAGCCCAGGUGAAUGAUGCCCUGCAGUGCCUCUGGGAGAUAAAUGCUUACGACCAGAACGUGCUCAGUGCCAUUGCAUCAACUUUCAAGGGCAAACUUGCUAGCUUGGAGCCGAUCUACAGACAGACCUGGCGAGAAAUCUUCGAGGGUUUCAAGCACGACAGGGACAAGGAUUUCCGACAACUGUUGGAAACCCCUCCCCUGACAGCAGCGAGCCCGGGGUACCAGAAAAUUCGGUGUUUUCACCACUCAAAGGGCUUUUGUGCCGUCGGUGACAAGGCAUGCACUUAUUCACAUGAUCCGCGAGCACCUCUGACUUUGGAGAUGUUUUCGGUACCUAUGCGUGCGUCACCCCUUGUCAUGACGCAGAACCAGUACACCAUGGGACGCACGAUCUAUGGUGGAGCCCGCAACGGCCAAUUCGCGGCCUGA